GCGCUGGAAGCAGGUGAUGGAGCAGUCAGCGUUGGAGCAGUCGAUGUUCGAGGAGAAAGCCUACAAGGAGACCGUGGAUUUUUCCACUUGUCCUAUAGACCCCUCACCGUUCCAGCUGGUCGAGAGUACCUCACUACUUAAGGUACACUCUCUGUUCUCGCUGCUUGGACAAAGCCACGCCUACGUCACGGUGCUCGGGCGACUUAUUGGCGUAGUCGCGCUCAAGGAAUUACGCGCAGCCAUCGAAGCCAUCAACAACGGCACCCCGCAGCCCAACGACGACGUCGGUCCCGACGAAGACGUCGACGCCUAUGACGAAGAAAGCAACGUUGCGCUCUUGGCGCAGAAUCUGAGGCUCGGGCAAACUGAGGGUUACCCCGAACAUGACGCAAGGGAUCGGCGGUAGUUGCGUUCGAAAUUUGUAUGAAUUUUCAACAGAUGCAGGAUAGCAACGACCAAGAUAGAUAUGAGCAGGGGAUGGGGUCGUCGUUACUUGAAACACAUCACAAUAAAAGGGAGAUCUGCGAAGUGGAAUGCUUGUUUUAAAAAGAUCCUCAGCAGAAUUAAUUUAUAGAUUUUCUCUGUUAAUCGUUGAGAAUGAACAUAUUUAAGCAGGAUUUUUGACAUCCAUAGCAAGACUAGAAUGUUAACGUUGAUAAUCAUAUUGCCGCAAAUGAAUUAUAUUAUCAUACAUUAAAAA